CUUUUCACAUUCCUUUUCCUCUCUUAAUGACACAUCAAUGCAACGAAGGUUUGACUAUUACUUACUUUAUUAGGCUCUUAAACUCUGUUUGGUAAACUAAGGUGACCAAGCCAGAAGCUGCCGUGUGGAAAACUUCUCCUUCCGAGCCUGGACUGGACUCUGUCUUUCUCUUCUUCAUUCUCAAAAAGUCUUCACUUUUCGAGGCAAAUGAGUUAUGUUGUUGUGAGGGUGGUCCUCUUCAGAAUCUUGUCCUAAAGGGAACUUCCAGCAUCUUAAUCUUAUUAGAUCAAAAGUUUUCUUUUGAACCAGAGUCCGGUCAGCAGCGAUGAAGUGUUUUCCAUUCUCGUAUGGAGAGAAAAAAGAUGAACCGAAAGGCUUGCAGUUGCAGUCAACAUCGGGUCGAUCUGACAAUUCCAUGUGUGUUGAGGCUGAGGUUAGAAGAUCCGGUUCUGAGUUAAAUUCUCAGGAUGUUUCAGACAAUGGCAGCUCAGAAUCCCAGAGGAGGAAUGCAAUUCCCAGUUUGUCCCAGAGACCCAGCAACCUCAGAGUGUUUACUGUAUCUGAACUGAAAUCAGCCACGAAGAAUUUCAGUCGCUCUGUUAUGAUCGGAGAGGGUGGGUUUGGGUGUGUCUACCUGGGAUUGAUAAGAAGCGCAGAGGACUCCUCCAGAAGAAUUGAAGUUGCAGUUAAACAACUUAGUAAAAGAGGAAUGCAGGGCCAUAGGGAAUGGGUGACAGAAGUGAAUGUUCUGGGCAUUGUUGAGCAUCCCAAUCUUGUGAAACUAGUGGGUUACUGUGCUGAUGAUGAUGAAAGAGGAAUCCAGCGGCUUCUAAUUUAUGAAUACAUGCCAAACAGAAGUGUGGAACACCAUUUAUCUCACCGAUCAGAGACUCCUCUCCCAUGGACUAGGAGAUUAAAAAUAGCUCGAGAUGCAGCUCGUGGGUUAACAUACCUGCAUGAGGAAAUGGAUUUCCAGAUAAUUUUCAGAGAUUUCAAAUCUUCAAAUAUCCUAUUGGAUGAACAGUGGAAUGCAAAGCUAUCAGACUUUGGGUUAGCAAGGUUGGGACCAUCAGAUGGACUGACUCAUGUCUCAACGGCGGUUGUAGGAACAAUGGGAUAUGCCGCUCCUGAAUAUGUUCAAACCGGACGUCUAACUUCAAAGAAUGAUGUGUGGAGCUACGGUGUCUUCCUUUAUGAACUCAUCACUGGUAGGCGCCCUUUAGAUCGAAAUCGCCCCAGGCGUGAGCAGAAGUUGUUGGAAUGGAUAAGGCCAUACCUAUCAGAUGGGAAGAAAUUUCAACUAAUAUUAGAUCCAAGACUUGAUAAGAAACAAGUCUUCAAGUCAGCCCAGAGACUCGCUAUGAUUGCUAACCAAUGCUUGGCAAAAAAUCCAAAGAAUCGCCCAAAGAUGAGUGAGGUAUUGGAAAUGGUAAAUGGAAUGGUAGAAUCAUCAUCCAGUUCUAGUCCACAGUUGCCCCUGAGGAGUGUGGUGACAUUGGAAGCUUCCCAGGAUACUGAAACAAAUAACAAGAAACGAACCAUGGAUCAGAAGCUCGGAGAAAGUAAUUGGUUUGUUAGGAUGUGGAGACCAAAGCUUGUAAGAACAUGCUGAUUAUUGUAGCUUUAAGCCUUCAAGCCUGUUACUUGGGAGCAAAGCUUCUUCACGAUAAGGGAAGAGCUCCAGCAUGUUUCUCAAUGUCUGCAACUUCUUCAUCUCUUCUAAGGAUGUGUACAAAUCUGCCAUUACAUGCUACUUACCAACUACCAUAGUUUUUUCUUUCUUGUCAAACUACUUGAGGAAAUUUUCAGGGAUGAUUUAUGAAUUUUAGGAGAGACAAUAGGUUUCUGAGGAUAUCUGAUGAUUCUGUUUGUUUUGGUUCUCAGAGAAACCAUAAUGCUGGAAAUUAAUCACUCAACUGAAAUGGUUGUAAAAUAGUUUAGCUAUAGUUUUAAAUUAAUCUUUAACAGCAUCUUGUAAUUUUACUACUUUUGUUAAGAGUUCCAUAGAAGUUCUGCAGUGUCUUGAAUCAAAUGCACAAAAUGCAUGAAUGAUUCUUGCAUGGUAAUUGGUAAAUGAAAGUUCAAAACCUAGAAAGGCAAUUCCUGCG